AUGAAAUUGAUUUGUCUCUGGAAUACACUUCGUUAUUUUGAAAAGUUUAAAUGUCAAUUUGCGCUUCAAACUGUACGGAUUUGUUGCUAUUUUUUUAAAGAUUUACUACCUGGUAUUUAAAAGGUAAAAACAAGCGGUCAUUCAAAAAAAAAUAGUAAUGGCACCGAGGGAUAGUAUACCCAAACCGAUCCCGAAAGUGCAACGUGUUGUUGUUAAAGCAAAUACAACCAAAGGCAAAUCAUCGCCUAUAAUAAAAAAAAACAUGUCGACCGUUAAAAAGACGACGGAGAAAAUCCCGAAAAUACCUCUAAAACUUAAUAACACAACUACAGAGUCGAGACAACGUACAGCUACUGUCCCUAAAGUGUCUACACCAAAGACAAAAGACAAGACAGCAUCAAUGCCUGGUAGUGUCACUAAAAGUGUAAAAAAAUCAACAUGGAAGCGUAGACCCAAACCAGCACAUUCUGGAGUUCCUGUCCCGGAGAAGAUGAAGAGGAUACUUGAAAGGCAGCUUCAGGAUAUGGAUAGUAGCUUAUAAACUUAAUAACUUCAGAAAGUAUGCCAUACUCUGGCUGUGUAUUUUUAAUUUUAGUUCAGAAAGGCAGGGAAUUGAGAAUUGAGGUUUUAUGUGAUCAAAUAGUUGGUUAAAGAACAUUUUAUAAACAUACAACUGCAGCUAUUCCAGGCGUCUCACUGGUAUAUUUGUUUAUUUGAUAAAGAAUAGAUAAAUUAUUGACAAUUCUAUUUCACAAAUGUAUCCGUAGUUUAUUUUAAAAUAUUCAUGAUUUUGAUCGAUCACAAGUAUGUACCAGUUUUAGUGUAGGGUGGGAUUGGCAGUACCCCGGACCGCUGUGGGCUUAUAGUGGGAGUCAUACAAUCUAAGUUAAAAUUUUAAGACAUUAAAACAUUCAAAGACAUUUGCCACACAGGAAAGUUGUGCUUAUUUUGCACUUUGGGGCACCAGAAUUCCUAUCAUGGCCCUGCCUAUCAUUUUAUCAUUUUAGGUAUGCAAAUUAAAUAUGAAGAAAAAUAGUAAAUAUUUAAUUUUCAUUUUAAAACAUAAAUAACAAUGUAUACUAAGCACAGAGACUUAACUGACUUAAAUCCUGAAACUAGAAACAUAAUAUGACAUAUUCCAUUUGUGGCAAAACUAUACUUCAUAUAAAGUACUUUUGAGAAAUUUUGUAAGACUUAAAUGCUAGUUUUAUAGUUGUUUUCAAUGUUUGUAGUUAUAUACAGGUUGUUGCAGGAAGAUUUAAAAACAAAUUAUUAUUGCAACAUCCAGGUUAUUUGGGAAUUAGAUUAGAUUUGUAAUAUUCAUCUUGUUGUUUCAUACAAUAAUCCUUUAGUACAAUUAAAUACAUACAACAUAAAUUUGAUUUAAGAAUCAUGGUUUUCUACAGAUUUUGUAUUGUAAUUCUUUUUAAGUAUUCCUGUAAGGUUUUUACUGCUUGCUACGAUAAUGUCUUCCACUGAAAAAGUACAAAAUAGUUCAAUAAAUUAUUAAAAUAAAAAAUGGUUCUGGUAGAUUUUCUGUCAGUUUGUAUAUUUAAUUACAUUAUGUAACAUAUUCGUCAUAUUCCACAUAAAAUUGAACAAAAACGAGUAUACCUUUAGUAUAAUUAUAUUUUCAAAAAAUAUGCAUCAUUAUCAUAUGAACAAAAAUUGCAUGCACUUUAUUUGAAAAAUCUUACACUAUGCUAUGUUUAGUGUGAAGAUUUCGUUUUUGAUACAAAUACAAAAAUAUAUUAUGUUUUCAUUUUAAUUCUGUCCACCAUAUAUUGAAUUAAUCUGUGCCAAAUGUAUGUAAAUUCUUAAUAUUUUAUUAAGGACCUGAUAGUGUACCACCUAUUGUAGUUUUACUAUUUUAGAAUUAAGACAAUACUUGACAAUUUGUUAGGUAAAUACUUAUUUAAAUACUGGUGUUUCAAAAAGGCUCAAUUUUUGAUGCAUAGUCAGUAAAAUUUAUUUGAUAAUAUUUUGUAACAUAAAUCAGAUGUGAAGUAAAUAUCGAGACAAUUUUUUGUUACACCUGUAUAAUUAAAUUACAUUAAAAAUAUUGAUAAUGCCAUAUUCACAUAACUAGGGUAAGAUUUUCGCAAUUAUAUUAUUUUUGUAUGUUCUAUCUAUUAUUGUAUUCUUACAUUAUGAUUAUAAUUAUUAUUACUUAUAGACUACAGUAUCACUAUGUGUGAUUACUAUUUUGAUAAUCUGACAAUUUCGUUUUAUUCUCAUAGAAUAAAGGGUUCAUAUGUUACAAAGCAGCAUAAAAAUGUAAGUUAUAAUAUUAUGAUAUCUUGUUUAUAACAUUUUUUUCAUGGGAUAUUAGCUUUUAAUUAAUUACUGAGUUCUUAAUGACACUUCAUAGAUUUUUUACAAUUAUUGUACUUUAAGAUUUUCAAACGUCAUAUAAUUUGUAUUUUAUUAAAGUAAUUCGUCAUUAUUAGAUAAUUCAUAAAAAGGAUUUUAGUUUUAGAACAUUCAUGCCAAAAUACUAGGGGUUAAUUUAAAUAAUAAAAUAAAAAUCAUAUUUUUUU